GUGAAGGAAGCGAGAAGUCAGUUAGAAGGAGAGGAGCUCUAUCGAUGUUCCGGACAAAAUCACCGUUGGACAGCCAGUUGGUUAGCCAGAUUAACAUGUCAGAUUUAAUUUCCUGGAACGAUCAGGAACAGGAGAAAUAGAAAGAUUUAACGUAAAAUUCAGCUGUAAAUCUUAAAGGAGUAAACGAUGUUAAAUCAACGGUUUUCCUCCUGUUCAGGUAAUUUAAGGUGAAAUCUGCUGCCUUGGCUACCUUGACCAUCAGGGGUAUGGCCCCAGCCCUGACCAAAAUCCUGAAAGAUGGCCAUGGGAUCCACCUGUCCUCCCCUCCUGCCUCUGUCAGAAUGGACUCAAAUGGGAGAGCUAUGUGUAGUACUGAGCUGGAGUCUCAGAUGAGGUUGACAGAUGAUAGUGACCUUCAGAAGAUGUGGCUGAACCUUUCCCUGUUUCCCUCUCUGGACUCCUGUCUCCCUAUGAGUCCCGUGGACGUCCCUGCCAACCCUGUGCUUUCCCCAAGUUUACAGGCGUCUGUCAGCCAGUGUCAGACGGGGCUCCUCCCCAGCCCUGCCUCCCUUCUCAGCCUCCUCUCUUUCACUAAAGGCCUGAGAGAUUCUCAUCAGGUGGCCUGCGUCUUCCCAGGUGUACCAGACAUGUUUUUAGUCCCUGUCCCUGAGCACAAUAGCCAAGAGGCUUGUUUGCUGCAUAGAUGCAGUGCUGCUUCUGAAUAUGGGCCAGAUGGUGGUGAUGUGCAUCACUCCCCUCUUUUCCUUACCAGUGUUCCUCCUUCAUAUUCCCCUGGGGAGAUACACUCCCAUGGCUACACUUCCUACUUUGCACUCCAACCUACACUGACACAGAGGAAAGUGGCUGCAAUGGGCUUUCCUCCUCCACCUUCAGGGCAGCCUUGCAGUGGCAGGUUGAACUCUGACCGGCUGGCAUCCAGAGCUGUGAAGGAGCAGCUCGACAGGCAGGCAGGGCUGCACAGCCGAGCUCAGGGGUUGCAGAGGAGACUGCAAGCCCUGCUAGGAGAGCACGCUCUGCUACACUGCAGCCAGCAGCUGGAGGGGCUGAAAAGACACUGUCAACUCGGUGGUGUGUCUCUCGACAACUCGGACUCCAUAGAUUCUGGUAUACUACCUCCGCAAGUGGGAAGUAAACCCCAUUGUUCUUGGCUAGAGUCGUCCACUGCCUCGUCUUCCUUCAUAGAGCUCACAGAGUUCAGCCGCUCUAGCCAGGCGCUGCUGAGAGGCCUGCAGGAGGCUUUGGACUCUGAAGCCACGGCCAGCAGCAGCUCAGAGGAGGAGCAAGAGGAGGAUAAGAUCCAUGGGAAAACCAAGAUUAUAUCUGUCAGCAGCAGCAGCAGGAGCAGCUGUGAGAGGUGGUGGCUGGAAGAGAGAGCGGAGCUGGGAAGCAGAUGGAGUUGGCUGCAGCUGCGUUUGGCCGAGCUGGAGGGGAGGAUACAACAACUGGUGGAGAUCCACAAGCACAUCCGCUCUCGCAAGGGUGGUGUGGUGCUUGCAGAGUCCCAGCCACUGACAGACAGGCAGAUUCAGCAGACACUGCUGAGAGAGAUGGCAGGGUUAUCCUGCACAGCCUCGGAUACUGACAAUGAACCCUGCAGCCCCACAAGCCUUCUGCACAACAUAGAGAGACAGAGUGCUCAACUUAACCAGAUUGUCAACAGUCUGAUGCCUCCUCUCAGCUUUUCACCGCUAUCUAAACAACCACCACACACCAGGAAAGGCAAGAGAGCCUUCACAAGUGGUCAGAAAGGAGGCGAUGUUUUUGUGCCUGGGAGCUCUAAGAGGAGACUGGGGACCAGGAGGCUUUUCAAAGCUGAUGUGUCAUGCGUGUGUGCCCGGACCCGACCCCUGGUCACCUACCACAAGCCUAAACUGUUCACUUUCAACCCUAGCAGUGCACAGGACUCGGGGAAGUCCACGUCUACCUUCUCCUCUUCUCUCUCAUCAUCUUCCUGUUCAUGUUGGUCAUCCUGUGAUCCUGUAGUCCUGUGCUCUGAUCCGGACUGCAGCUCCAGCAGUGCCCUGUCCUCCAGGACCCUCAGCUCCACACCUCACCCUGUGUUGUCUCUUUCAUUUGAAACUCCUCCUUCCCACAACCUAAAGAGGGUCCUGGCCAGAGAAGAAUGGUCCUUAAGGCCUUUGAUUACAAAUGUCCAACCAUCCAGUCUAGUGCUCAACAACAGACACAGCUCCACACCACUGCACAACAGUCACAAAUACAAGCAGCGUGCAAAGCAUCAUGUAAGCAGAGUUAUGGGUCUGUCACCUAUCAGGAUGGCAGGCUCAGCUCAGAGUCAACACAGAAGAGCCAAUCAGAGGAAAAGGAAGAGAAGACGCAUCCACAGGCUGAUAGAAGAUGAGGAAGAUGUCCUGUACCAGCUCUGUGACCAGGACAGUUCAGAUGAAGUUAUGGAGGCGAGCUACACACAGGUGUCACACAAGCAGGCCUCACAGGGCUUUGUUCGCAAACGCCAGGGAGAGAGUGUGUACAACAUCAACAACAUUGUCAUCCCCAUGUCUCUGGCUAAAGUGGAAAAGCUGCAGUAUAAAGACAUCCUGACACCCAGUUGGCGGGUGGUUGACACCUUAUCUCUGAUGAACAGUGAGGCAGAGAAGGAGGAGGACAAUGAGGAGGGGCAGGUGGAGGAUAUCACUUACAAAGUUGUUGCCCAGACUCACCUGGAUUUAGAGCAAAGAGAGAAGUUGCGCUGGCCAUCAUUGGGAAAAAGAAAAUGCUGCAGACGUCCUAAAAGAUCUGGCAGCAGGUUGUCAGGCAGUGGGGGCGGGAUGUGCACGUCAGGAGAGGAGAGCUCUGUGGAAUUGAGUUGUGCUCAGCUGCUGGAUACUGAUGAACAGCAAAGCUCAGAGGAGUGGCUGCCUCAGACACCCUGGGAGCCACGAGUGUUUCCUUUAGGAGAGGACGAGGAAGACGCCCUGCUCUCUGAUAACCUAGAAGAAGUCCCACCAGGGUGGUCAGAGUGUAGCUCUGCCCCCUCCACAUCAAAGAACUCCAACGCCCAUCUCUCCCAAGCUCCGUGCUCUGGUGCUACACUGCCAUCUGAUGGACAAACCCAGAGCAGCUGAGAGAGCAGUGCCUUACUUUUACAUAUCUCCUCACGUCUGGGACCAUGAAGAGAACAUGUGCCGUGGUAACCUUGAUUGGGAUACUUAAUACAUUCCAGAUUUGAUGUUGUUUACUUAAUACCUUAAAGCAAAAGUGUUUUGUAAUUUUAUUUUGUGAGUAUUGUAGCAUGUGCCACAAUAGUUUAAAUUGAUUCCUGUAGCUUCUGCUACACUUUCAGAUUUUAAUGUACAAGAGGUACUUUAUGUAAAUAAAUAUGUACCGGCACAACCCAACUGUAGUCUCAGGUUUGUAUACUGUUUGUAGUUGUCACUUAAUAUUUAUUCAUUCACCGUUGUCUUAAAAAGUCGCUAUAGGAAGACUUUAGUACAUGCAUAUAUUUAUGUAACUUUUACUUUAUUAAGAAGUGCUUUUUUAUUUCAUGUUUUUUCAUGUAUAUCUUUUUUUGAAAGGUAUUAUUAAACACUAACUUU